AUGAGUUUGACCGCCGGCGAAUCUCGGGGUGUUACGGUGACGGCGGAUAAUCCGAGACUCAACGCUUCGGGGAAUAUCGUAUUUCACGGACUUGAAAGUCAGGUCUCUUCUUUGGUCAGCUUUUUUCGUGGUCGUAAUCUUCUUUGUCUCCGACGAUCCCGACAAACCCAAAAACCCGACAAUUCCAAGCCAAUUAUCUUCUUCCUCAUCUCCACAAUCGUAGCCAGAUCCCUCCUCAUCUCAUCCUCAUCUCUGUUGAGCUAUAAUCAAAAUCUCAUUUAA